AUGUAUCCUGGAUUACCGAGUAGACUUGAGAAAGAGAUGAAGCAGUUGUACCUGGAUCGUGUUUUGAAAGGAAAUACAGAUUUGUUCCAGAAAUUCAAAGUGCGUAUAGAAGCGACACCGUUCCGUAAACAUAUGGUUUUCCUUGGUGGAGCCGUACUUGCAAAUAUAAUGCGGGAUAGGGACCAAGUUUGCAUUCCUAUUCUCAAGUACAUCACUUGGGUCAGCAACAGCUAA